UGAGAGCAGGAGAAGAUUGAGCAGACAGCAGGACUUGGACAAUAGAAAGGUUUUAGGAGAGUUCUGUGCCUCUGCAAUGCACAGAUGUUUUUUAGUGCACACUGAAAAAGGGUGUAGCCUAUUACCAGUCUUGGAAGCAGAAAGCGAGAGGCAUCAGCAGUGAAACACAAAGAUGAAUACAUCUGCAGCUAAACUACAGGAGAGCUACCAGCAGGAGGGCUUCCUCUCACCACUGCCUGUGCUGGACGAGAUAGAGCUCAAGGAGGCCAGGGAGGCCUUCGCUAAGCUGGAGGAGGAAUUUGGCACAGAGUACACUAAGUACAGCCUCCACAAUGUUCAUCUUCAGUACUCCUGGGUGAUGAACCUGACCAAACACCCCCGUAUCCUGCAAGUGAUCCAAGCCAUCUUGGGGCCUGACGUCAUUCUGCUGGACUCCCGAUUUAUCUGUAAAUACCCGACAGUCAAACAAGCUGAUGUCCAGGAGAACGAAGAUCACCAAAGCAAACCUGUUACAGACAAUGAGCUCCCAUAUGUGGCCUGGCACCAGGAUAUGAGGUACUGGGGUAUUGCUGGUGGACCUGUUCUCUCUGUGUGGCUUGCUCUUGAUGACUCACAAAAAGAAAAUGGAGUCCUUCAAGUCAUUCCAGGAAGCCAUGGCUCUGGCAUGUUGCCCCAUCGCCAAGCAACCCGCCCAGGAAACCUGCUGUCAGUCAACCAGGAGAUCCCAGAGGAGCUAUUGCAGGUGGACAAAGCUGUGAUUUGCCCUCUGAAAGCUGGACAGAUGUCGAUUCAUGAUGGACUUCUUGUCCAUGCAAGUGAUGCAAACACUUCCCAGAGGAGGCGAUGUGGCUUAGUGAUACGUUAUGUUCCCACUUGUGCCUACCCCACAGAGGAUCCUGAUCGGCCCAGGAAAUUUCACGCAACACAAUUGGCCUGUGGGGUGGACCAGUUUCACCAUUUCUCCAGUUAAAGCACAUGAAGGACUUGUGGAGACUUCACAACAACUACUUUGACACUUCGCCAGAUAAAUUGAAUGUCUAUUUUACGUUUAUCCUGAAUUAUAUUUAUAUAAAAUAUAUUUUUCGAUGGUACAUUUUGGAAUGUAAAAACUAUAUUAAUUUCUUUUAAAUCAGCUUAAAACUUUGCUUAGGGUUACAUAAUAAUAAAAAGCUGAAGUUAACUAAUUUUAGAUGUUUCCCUCGUGGUCGUACCUUGAUGGUUCUGUCAUAGAUCUAUGCAAAACUCUAAUGUGAUUGUCAAUAAAAACACAUUAUCUGAUUAAGUUAUUCUUUUAAACUGUCAAUGCCUGUUUAAAUCUGGUAAAUAAAUUCAACAAAAUGUUGCUGGAAAACAUCUAAUUUUCUUUUUUUAAGUCACAUUUCUGUUCCUUUUUAUGUGGCCAACAAGGAGUGUGGUUUUCUAUAACUGAAUAUACAGAACUUUAACUUUGAAGACAAAAACAGUGGCUUGGCUCUAAAAGCGGAAAGGGAAAUUAACUGU